AACCUCACCGACUGCUGCUUUCGUCGAAGCCUACCCCGCCAUUAGAGCUUCACCCGGCGAGAGCGAGCGCACCUGAUAAUUGCACGGCAAGCCAUCAUGGUUUUGCUAUAAAAGGACACCCGCAAUGACCACCCUGAUCAAUGGAGCCUUGCCGCCACCCAAACAAAUACGUUUCGUGAAUAACCAAGGACAGCCGCCGUCCAAAAGGCGGAGGAUAAAUGCAGCAUGCUUGACGUGUCGCAAACGAAAAACGAGAUGUGCAGGAGAGAAGCCAGUGUGCUCGACUUGCACUAAAAACGGACACAAUUGUUUUGGAUACAAUGACCUGGCGGAGAAGAAGAGGGAGGAUGGCGCCGGGCCAAUGCCAUCGAGAGGCGACCGCACCGAUACGACCGACUUAAGCAACGACCUCGACGACGAGAACAUGGAUGAUGGCGAUGAGGACGUGCGCCGGCAUUGGAAAGCCGAAGCUCGGAUGAAUAGCUUUAACGGCCGCGACGCAGCGCCGAGGCGCGACUCGGUCUCGAGCAUCGCGGCCCCGCCGGGUCGGCCUUGCGGCCAGGGCAACGACUGGGAUCAGGACGACAAGUCGCAGGGCUCGGCAAAGGCGAUGAGGCGGACCAACUUUGGACGGACCUCUUCCUACUCGGAGGACGGCCGGAGUUCGAAUAACCGCUCGCCUGUUGAGCACCAUACCGAGAGCCAUCGCAUGCCCUACUUCAGAUACUUUGGACCCACUGCCAUCGUCCCGGGCUACAAGCAGAUGGUGGUGAAUGUGUCGGUGAAUCGAGAUCGACGCAAGAGCCGGGGCAGCUCGUUCUCGGCCACUUCUCCCGGCUCUUUGUUUGGCUAUAGCCUUGGUCACCACCACCCGUCGCAUCCCGAGACUGUUCUCGAGACGUUGGAGGAUCUACCGGUAUACGACGUCAGCGACAUAAGUCCGCCUCACCCCAUAAUCAUUACCCUCAUCAAGACCUUUUUUCUCUAUCUCGGCUGCAACUAUCCCUUUCUGCGAGAAAAGAGGAUCCUGCGCAUGGUUAAGGAGAAGAGGCUCGAGCCCAUUCUUGUGGACUCGAUGUGUGCAUUGGCGGCCAGGUUUUCGGACUUGCCAAUCUUUUCCAACGAGCAAGAUGCUAGAGUUACGAAGUCUGAGUAUGGCCACGUGUUUGCCCAGCGGGCCAAAGCGGCCACCGUCGAUACCUUCCCGUGCCCCUCUGUUGCUGCCGUGCAGGCAUGCUUGCUUAUGGCGUACGAGGGGUUUGGGGCGAACCAAGACAGCGCCUUAUGGAUGUAUCUUGGUCUCGCUAUCAGAAUGGCGGUUGAUCUGGGGCUCCCAAAGAGGGUCGGCAUCAAGUAUCAGGGGGAGCGCGAUCCCUGGUACACGAGAACCUGGAGCCGAAAAGGUAGCGACGACUCGGGGACGCUCGAAGACUCGCAGGAUAGUGAAGAAACCCUCAGUGCGGAAGAACAGCUCGAGGUGGAGCAGGAGCGUACCGAUACGUUUUGGGCCGUCUUCGUCCUGGACAGAGUCAUCUCAUCGGGCACUGGCAGACCCGUAACCUUCAGAGACGAUGACUUCGAGUUGGCCUUCCCACAGCCGACCAAUGAUCCGUUGACGGGCUGGCCGGCUCCGUUUCCAAACUUCAUUCAGAUUAUUCAUCUGUAUGGCCGAGUGUCUGACGUGCUCAACAACAUUCGAGACGCUAAUGAUCUGACCGAGGAGAAGCUGGCCAAGCUGGCCCAGAUGGAGAGCGACCUAACUAAAAUCUACCAGAAGCAAGAUCCCCGCCUCCACUUUGGGAUCACCAACUUUGGAGAAUACGUCAAGGCCGGCCAGGGUACCACUUUUAUUCUUCUGCACUUUUGGUUUCACGCCCUCAUCAUCGUGCUUCACCAGCCCACGCUAUUGACGCCGUUCGGCAGCCUGAGCCGCACGAAGCUGUCGCCCAACAGCCGCGAGCUGUCAAUGUCAAGCGCCAAGACCAUCGCCGAUAUUCUUGCUUUUGCCGAGCUCAUGGAUCCAAAGAGCUUCAUCGGCAAUCCUUUUACGUCGCAACCCAUCUACAUCGCCGCAUGCGCAUUCUUAAUGGAGUCAGUCGCGAACAACUCGGAGCCUCCUUCGCGAGAGCCGUCGCCCUCGGAAAUCAAGGUCGAAACCCAAAGAAGCUCGUUUGGCGGGAAGCCAAAUACGGGUACGGUCCCGGAAGCAAGAUCGGCAAAGCAUCUACUUCUAGCGUCAGCCGCGAACCAGAACUACCAACGUUGUUACAAAUCGCUUCAGCAACUUCAGCAGUACUGGGGAGGGGUCGGAUACAUCCUCACUGCCCUUGACCAAAAGUCGAAAGGCAUAUGGGACUGUGAGACGUUCACGAAUGAGGAAUACGAAAGUGCUAAGUUUCAACGGCGUGGCUCACUCAGCCGUCUGACGCGUUUUGAGAAUCCGGCCUCACCAAAUGCUCCUCCUAUCGCGUGGUCGCUCACUGGCACUACGAACUCGCCCAACUCUAGUCUCACACUGCUGUACCAAAAUAAUCUGUCGGCGACGCCUGCUCAUCCGCCGCCUCCUCCGCCCUCGCUCCCAGUAUCUGCUGCCACGCCCCCGGGGAAUAUGAUCUAUGAUCCUAUCCGGCAAAGCCUCCCGGAAACGGGCUCCAUGUUUCCGCCUGCAUAUCCCCAACCAAACGUUUCGGCCGUGCGUUAUCAAGCCCAUCCCCCCAAGCCUGGCCGUCAUUCGACGUCAUCUGCGGGCGGGACUGGUGGAAGGUCGCUACUCAAGUAUGGGACCCCGCCCUUGGGCGAUAUGGAUUCAAACAGUCCGCCAAAUGACUCGAAGAUGCAUGGACUUGGUAUGUCUCAAGGGGGUCAUGGGCCGUCACCGCAUGCAUAUGGAUCGGCUUCGCAACAUUCUUCGGGGUACGAGUCUUCUGCCGUCCAUAGCGGAUCGCCCUCUAGCACUAUCACAGACUCGGGCAUGCACCACCAGCAAGGCCACAACGGUGUUCACCACGGGCAAGGCGGGCAUGGGCACAGCAGCUACGAAGGCGACUUUCCUCAGAGCGGCUUGGCUUCGGGAUCAUACUCAUAUCUUGGCCUUAACCCCAUUAAUGAAAUCAUCACUUUCGACAGCCAGGAGAUCAGCUUUGAUGCUUUGGGUCUGCCAAACGAAAUGAUGCCGCCGUGGUUGGAGAUUUUACCCGAUAACGUUUUGGGUCUGUGGGAGGGAGGCAUGUCGGGUUCAAACCAGGGUCAUAUGGGUUAGGGGAGGUAUGGCUUAUACGGCCGAGACAAAUGCCCCAAACCAUU